UGUGUUCAGUAGUUUUGUGUUCAUCAUCCGAUCGAGUCGCUUUUUUGAAAAAUUCGAAGACAACUCAAAUCAUAGAGUGACAAUAAGAUGCCUCUCUUCCCAGCGAAAUCGACGGCUGUGUCCGAUUUGGUUUUAGGAUGUUCGUGUAUUUGGGCCUUAUAUUCCCUUCACGCUGGAACUCCCGCCAUCAACUUGAAGACCCGCAUCCACUCCGAUGGCGGAAUGGCCUCCAACAAUUUGGCCUCCGUUUGGUUCGCGUUGACACUUGCAGCUUCAACAUUGGGCGCCUUCCGUUUCAUGAAAAGGGAAUUCUUUGAUCGUUUGGCCCCAUUUCACGACUUGUUGUCCUGGUUGGUGCUCGUCAUUGGACUCCCGUGCUUGGCCUCCCAAUUCUACCUCGAUGCUGGCCUACCCAUUAUCGGGAACCUUCACCUCUUGCUCAUUCUGCCACCCGUUCUCUCUUGGCUGGGAAAAGAUCAUUUGCUGGGUACUUUCAUUUCCAGAGCUGAGACGAACAAGGUGACGGGAUACAUAGCACUGGCCUGCAUGUUCUCCAUGACUGGCUGCGCCGUUUACAGCCGCAAUUACUACCAGCUAUUGGCUUGCCUGUUGAUGUUCUCUUCGUCUCGGGCUUUCGACAUCACCGAGAACAAGAGACUCGGUUUACCGCCAGUUGAUUGGCUCCACUACGGACUGGCCGCUUCCAAUUUCCUGCUAGUCGCCGGACUUUGUCACAGCGAUUUGCCCGGCAUGGGCAAGCUUCGCCAUUGGACCGAAAACGCCAUGUCAUCCAUGUUUUCCUAAAUUCAUUCAUUUCUCAUCUACACAUAGUACGAUUUUUUGUUUUUUUGUUUUUUUUCAAGAUGACAGUAAUCAAGUUUAUUAUUUUGCACACUUUUGGGAAGACUUAAGGCUUUUAAAAAUAAUAAAAUUCAAAUAAUAAUACAAUUUUUUUGUUUUAAUGAGAUGACGAACGAAUAAGACGAAAACCAUAUAUUUCAAAUUUUCUUUUGGAAACGACGAAACACAGAACAAAACAAACAAGGGGAGGAGAAAAAAAAUUGUGUUGGGGGGAUUUACAAAAAAAUUGACGACGAAACACGGAGAUAAUUCGUUCAUGUUGAGGACAGCAAAAAAGUUCAAAUUUCAAUGACAUUUUGGUAC